AUGUCUUCUCCGUCUAUCCUCGAUCGUAUCUCCAGUCCACGUCAGCGGCUCCUCAAUAUGCCACUCCGUAGUCCUCCUAUCCGGGCAGUUAGCGAAUACGACUUAGAUGAGCUGGAGCCUCGAACUGAGGACCCUCCUCUGUUUGAUCAAGGUGCCCCAGGCCCUAGACUGAGAAAGACAACCCAACCUGCCUCGACCACCUCGACACAACGGUCCUCGUCUCCUGCGUCCUGGGAUAGCAAACAUCGUUAUUCCAACUCACCACCCCGGACCAGAUCAAAGCCAAUCUUUAUGGGCCCGCCGCCCCCGAUCGCAUCCUCUAUGUUGAUAAACCAACAGCCUUCUCGACAAUCGACCUCGUCAAACCAAAGCGAUAAUAGCCGAGGCUAUGGGUUACUCUCACCUAGCCGAUUUGGAUUAAAUGAUAGCUCGAGCCAAAAGCACUUAGACAAUCGUCCGCGCCUCGAUUCAAUAUGGAGAAGCUUACAGCGAAGAGAAAAGGUACUGGAGCGUGAUAUUCAACAACUGUUAGAUCUCCAAGCGUCGGGUUUAAUUGCUGGAAGUGGGAAUGGAGGUUCUGAGAUCAAUUUUGGGAGCGACACGGGUACCGGGGAGAGCACCUUCUAUUCCACGGCGACCUCAAAAUCUCGAAUGGUCAACUCAUUACACAUACCGACACGAUCUACCCCAGACGGGAAUGUUAUACCUGUGAGGCAGCCUGCCCCGAAUAAACCACGCGGUCUUAAAUCGGCUCGAGCUGGUCUUCAGCGGUCCAUGGCAGCUCUGUCCGAUCUAAAGGCAGAGGAGGACUCACAUCUUCACACCGCACUAGAGCAAAGGAAAGAUGCUUUGGCAUAUCUUGACAAGAUGAGUAAGAGGAGGGACGAUAUUUAUUCUGAGCUUCAUGCGCUGGAGGAUGACGAACAAGAACCUCUGGGACAAGAACUUCGCGAGUUAGGGGCAGAACAGCAAACCCUAGAUCAUGAUAUACGACAGCUUGAAGAGAAACUAAUUCGUAUGCGAAAUCGACGCAGAUGGGUACGAGAAAAGAUGGAAGACGUUAAGAACCGGCGAGAGGCAGGGUUGAGUGGCUACAGAGCAGCUGGUAGAGACGUGGAUAUGGAAGUGCGCACACUGUUACAGAGACCACCCAUCACGCCGCUAGAUGUUGAUGCACUUGGCUCCGUCACAAGAUCGCAGUCGAAGGAGAAUAUGGAUAUACUUCGUGGUACCGAAUUUCUACAGCUCCGGCCAGAACGGCGUACCGUGGAGAUGGCCAAAACAUGGUGGCAAGGUGAAAUGGCAGUGCUUGAACGUCGCAAGGCACAGAUCACAGAAGACCGCCAAGCUUUGAUUGAGGGUUCCGAAGUUUGGUCAGAGGUCACUGGUUUGGUCGCACAAUUUGAAGCAAAACUCCGGGAAUUGAUCAAGGCCAGCCAAGCUGGAGAUGCUGACGAGGAGCCGCAACAAGCCGCAAUACGAGACCAGAUGUCCGAGAUGAAUGAUGUUGUCGAAGAAUUGGAGAAGCGCUUGCAGCUAGCCGAAUCGAAGCACUGGAAUCUUCUUAUUUGCGCAAUCGGCGCCGAGUUAGAAGCGUUUCUUGAGGCCAAGGCUGUUCUCAAAGCAACAUUCGCAGUUCCCGAUGAGUCUGUCACUACUGAAGAUCCUCCGGAGCACAGGGUUUCGACAGAUACCACGGAAGAGGCGAGUCACGAGAGCCGAGAAGAAAGUCAUGAUGAGAGCGAUAAUGAAGUUCCAGCCGACUUGUUGGUAUCUCGAUUCGAGGAUCAUGAUCACAAUCCUCCAGACAGCCCUCAGCAACAGAGUGUAGUUCUGAGACGAGAUAGCUCGGAGAACUCUGUCCCGAGUGAGUUCCUGGCUGAGCAUAAAGAUCAGGUCAAAAUCGACUAG